GGGAAGUUUUGGAAAAUGGACAGUUAUACAAACUCGUGAGGUUUCUAUAAAAAAUCUCGGCUGAUGGCCUUGAUUUGCGCUUAGUUCUUAUAACCAUGGGUCCCUUAACACUAGAGAAACCUUGAAGUGUUAGCUCUAGUUCCAAAAGGAUCGCAAAAAUGCAAUUUGUUCGAAAGCUUGUUGGUAAAUCCGGGCGACCGGUUCCGAACAUUCAUCAAUCGAGCGAAGAUGAAGCUUUAUCGUUGCGACAUUUACGAAAGCUGUUCAUGGAAUUCCUUCAUUCACCUGUGCCACUAACUGUUCCUGAACAAGAGUCUAAGCUGUAUAUGAUGCUGCCUUUGUUUUGCAAAGUGUUCGGCCACGCUAAACCCAGUUGUAUAACAGAGAAAUUUGGAGAUGUUUGUCAAUUCGCCGCGCACGUCUCUCGGCUUAUGGUGAACGAAAUUCGACGAAGAGCAGCGAAUCAACAAAAAGAAACAGCUAGUAGAAUGAUCAUUGAAUUUCUUAUGCGUGAUUCUGCGGAGGAUACUGUAUCUGGAUGGACUCUGUUGAACACGCUGAAUAUUCUUGCUUCGGCAGAUACCCCAGUAGUGGAAUGCAUGGUGGCCGCGAGUUUGCCUUCAAACAUGGUCAAAUGUCUUUACUUAUUCUACGAUUUACCCCCAAUAGAACAAACUAGUGACAAGAGUAGUGAAGAUAUGGAGGAUGAUGCUAUAACAAUUCAAAAGUUGUACACUCAAGUGCUGGUAAAAUUAUGCAAUUAUCACGCGACUUCCAGGGAACUUGUUCACACAGACGAUCUGGCGUUGCUCUUUACUGCAAUAUCGUGCCCGAUCCCAAAACAUAAUGCGCAGUGGCGAAGCUGUGUGUCGGAAAUUCUGAUGAGUUUAUUUCGCCAUGGUUUGGACCGAGACGUAGUGCAUUAUAUUCACAGCAAGUCAUGCUUUAAACAAUGUCUGAUGAACAUGCGGAAAAUCCAAGAAGUAAAUCCUUUGGAGUUGGUAGAAAUGAUUGUAACACUGGUUUGUUGUCUCAAAGACUCAUCAGCAAUUUCUCAUUAUUUAUUGGCUGAUUUUCGAAGUUGUCAUGGCUACCUUUUCCUGUCAGAACUCCUUUUAAUGCUAGGAGAGAUGACAGAGAAUGAAGCUCGUGAAGCCUGUAGGAAUGUUGUUCUUCUUGUUUCGUCACUAGUCAUGAUUGGUCAUGUCACAUUGGGACCUCUUGUCAGUAUUGGUGCCCCAUUCCAGGAUCCUGAAUUUGAAAUUCCGAAACCAAUUGGUGGAGGCAGUAGCGUUAGAAACAUUGAAGCUUUUCAAGUUCUGCAAACUGUGUUCCUUAAGACAACAGACAAGCUCCUCUGUCUAAAUAUCCUGGAUUGCAUUAAGAACAUCUAUCGCUCAGACAACGCAAAUUUUUUUAUUCUGGAACCGCAGCAUACAUUGUCGUUAUUUGUUGAAAAAGCUCCGGAGAAGGACAUUGAAGUACAGGAAAGAAUUUUCCAAUUACUGGAACUGGUGAUUUGUAAUCUCAAUUGGGUACCAUGCCCGGAGCUGAUCUCUGUCAGCAUUCUUUACAAGAACAAGAAGGUCUCUGGCUGUCAUCAAGUUGCUCUUUGUUUUCUUAUUCGCAUUUUGAGCUUUGAUCCCAAGUAUAAAGAUGUGUUCAGGGAUGUAGGAGUUUUAGAAGUUUUGACAAACUGUCUUAAGCAAUAUGCUGAUGGGUUGAAGGAAAAAUAUGACGAAACAGUCAAGACAGCCAUCAGCCAGCUAGAUGUGAAUGGUUAUGAUGAUUCUGAAAAUGUUCCUGAUUUUCCAUUCCUGUUGAUGGGAUGCCUAAGACUACUCUUGGAAAAUAACCCCAAAAAUGCCACAAUGUUCAGGGAAUGUGGAGGAGCUCGCUGUGUCCACAACAUUGUGCCAUACUCAAGCUCAAGGACAGAGUCUUUGAAGAUUAUCAGAGAGUUGAUUUUAAGUGGUGGAAAUGAUGAUCUUGGUACUCUCCUUGGCUUGAUGCACUCAACUCAGCUGUCUGAGGUGAAGCUUAAAACUGAUGUGUUAGAUGCACUGCUUAAAGUGUUUGACCUUGAUCCCAGAACAAGAGCUGUGUUUCGUGAAGUUGGAGGAUUUGUGUACGUCAUGUCUGUCUUGAUAAACAUGGAAGGAAGUCUGGCUGACCCUGUAAAUCCUGCAUGGACUGAUGUUAACCGGGAACAGAUUCUUGUUCUCUUGCGGACGGUGUUCCAUGUUUUGACAGCUGCCAUUCAAGAUGAUCCUGCCAACAAGAACUUCAUGGAUGAGAUCCGAUUCCGAGGGCUUUCAGACACAAUACGCUUACUGGGUUGCUUUUCAAUGGACAUCAUUGAUGUUCCACCUUAUUGUGUGGGUGAAGAACAAAAGAAAUGGACACUUUGUGAGAGACGAUUUUCGCAAUCACUCCAACACCUACCGCUGACCCCACGAGCGAGUGCGGACUCAGUCCGAUCAUCAAUGACAUUAGUUUUUGAAGACCCUUUGGAUCUUGAUCCAGUUUCGGUGCUGUAUGCAGCCAAUGAGAUGUUCAAGAACCUUUUUGACAUGGCUACAGAUUCAUUUGGUUUAAAGAGUGGUGGGAUCUUACCAGUGGAUUCAUCCAGAACACAAACAGGGAGAAAUGGUAUUGGUGUUCCAUAUAUUUAUCAUGGUGGUGCAGUAACAGCGGCCGUUGAUCUUCUUCCAGCUGUUUCCAAAAUGAAUGGCACUGCUACAUCAGAGGAAUGCUUAGAGCUACAGUUGUACUGGAUUUGUCAUCUGCAGAAUCUUUUGAAGUGUGAGCACAACCUGCAAGUCAUGUGUGAAGCAGGGCUGCCACAGCAGAUCCUUGACAGAUGUGAGGCUGCUUUGGUCACAGAAGAACAUCCAUUACAUGCACCGUUACAAAGAAUGUUUGAAAGACUGGCCUCCCAGUCCUUGACACCUACAGUGUUGAGGGAUUUUCUCAGACUGGGUUCCCCUCUUUAUUGUCAAUCUCUGGAGGCACCAAGUGAUGCUAAAGAAGGAAGUGACGGAACUGUUCUGGAGGAAAUUCCUGAAGACAAAACAGGAGAAAGCCAAGAUUUAAACGAGUCUUUGAGAAAAGUCUCUGAAGGAACCCCUAGAAAGGUUUCCGACAUUGUUAGUAGGAGACAUUCUGAUGCAGAUUCACACUCAAAUACUCUGACGUUCAGAGAUGUGAUGCUGAGUAUGAUACAACCAAGCUCAGAAUCAGUGUCUGAUGUGGAAUCAAAUUCUGACGAGGACGAGUAUCUGAUAGUUCAUAAAUCGAACAUUUCACCUAACCCUCCUUGCACUGACGAGGACAAUGAUGAUGACGAUGAUAAAUCAGAGAGUGAAGAUACCCCGCCACAACCUCCACCGAGAAGAUCUAAAGGAAAUUCUGCGCGACGCUCUUUUGAAAAUUCUCUCGAUCUAGAUACGAGCCUUCCCUAUGGCCAGCAGUAUCGUGUUACUAUGGAAACCAACGAUCAGCCCUCAGACAUACCAACAGCGGAGGUUGACGGAGUAGAUAUUGACACGAUUGGUAACACUGCGCAGGAAGUUUCAUCCAUUGAUCAAGGAGAGGAUAUGGUCAUUUUAGAUUUGAAAGGGGAGACGAAGGAAACUGUUAGCGAGAGCUCAGCAGAGCAAUCACCUGAAGGAAAAAAUUCUGAGACUAAUAUCGAAGAGGUGUCUGACAUUGAAGACGAGAAAAUGCAAAGCACAGACACAGCUGAUAGUGCCACAGACACCCCACCUAAAGCAGCUGAAGUUAGUUUUGAUGACUUAAGAGGCAGACUUUCACGCAUGGAAGAAUAUCUCCCAGAGCAUUCGGAGAUUGAAAGCGAUGGGUUAAAUCAGCCAACAAAUGCUUUGAAUGAUGAAGCUGAUGAUGUUGAAGAUAUUGAGAAGGAUGAUGAUGACGAAGUAUCUUGUGGAACCCAGGGUGGGGGUGCUGUGUCACUCACUCGUGUCAAGUGUGUAGUUUCCAUGACAACCCCAAGAGAUGCACGUGCGCAUGGUGCCACAGAUUGCCCAUCUUUUGUGGAGUUUGACAUGAGUGUGGAUGGGUUUGGUUGUCUGUUCUUGCCGGCCAUUGCGCCGCAAGUCUACACAGCAGGUCUAGCAACUGUAAGCUCUGUGAUGGCCCCUUCCGCAGUCGUGAGCAGUGUCCCAGGGGUAGGGGUGGGGGAGAGAGUGUUCCCCCCCCAGGCAGGAUUGACAUUUGUAUCAUGGGUGUGUAUUGAUCAGUACAGUGACACCACAGAAGACCAGCAUCCAGUCAGGCUGUUGACAAUUAUGCGGCAGUUUCGUGGUGGAAGCGAGAAAAUCCCAAGCGUUCCCUGCUUGAGCAUCAGCAUCUCAGCUAAAGACAGAAUGCUAGUGGUUUGUACGGAUGAGGGUGGUUGUGCAGAAGGUACCGAGUCAGCAGUAAUGCAGGCUCAUCGUGAACGUGAACGCACAGAGGCCAGGUUCCUAAGCGAUCAGCUGUUAGAGGAAGGCCGGUGGCACCACGUGAUGGUUGUGUUAAACAAAGCCUUGAUAAGGAACAGCACGUGUGCUCUGUUUGUAGAUGGGAAGCAUGUUAGCACGUGUCGCUUAAAGUACAUCCAGGCAGCCGCGGCCAGUCCAGAUGGCACAGUAGUCAGUGUGGCUCCUUACAUUUCUGCCUAUCUUGGUACCCCACCCAACCCAGGCUACCGCAGAUGUUCCCGAUUGUUGUGGAGACUGGGCUCUACCCACCUCAUAGAAGAGCCUCUUUCUGGUGCAACCGCUGAGGAGAUGUAUAGACUGGGGCCGAACUAUGUCGGUAGUUUCCAGGCUCCGUGUCCUGAAGGGCAACUCACGGUGUAUGGUGCUGAAGGUGUUGAACCACUUGUUAGUGAAGACAAAGUCAUGUUUGGUAUCCAUGCGCACGCAAAAUCAGUUCUCACAUUGGCGAAGAUCAGAAAGCAUUACAGAAGGAGCGAUACUAAGGCUGUAGCGAGAGAGCUUGGACUCUCAACCCAUGAUAACACCACACCAGUACGACUGAUACACAACACCGCUGCCCAUCUCCAAGGUUCUGCGCGGACCAUUGGUGCAGUGAUCAUUGGUUGCUCCGGUGUGCGAACGUUCUGUCCAGACCCAGUCUCCAAGUUGAUAGAAUGCAUUGGUGGUGUAUCUGCUCUGCUGGGUUUGGUAGCUAUGGCAACCAAUGUUGAAGGGCUAUAUGCGUCUGUUAAGGCUCUUAGUUGUGUUUUGAGAAGUAAUCCAUCGGCGAGAAUAGACAUGGAAAGAACCAGAGGUUACCAGAUCCUGGCGUUGCUACUCCGGAGAAAGAAACAUUUGUUAAAUACUCACAUUCUUCAUUUAACGUUUGCCUUGGUUGGCACAGUAGACAGUGACAGGGAAUCAUCUGUCAUCCCCAACCGAGUGGCUUUCAAAGAUUUGCUCUGUGAUUUAGAGGUGUGGCGUGAGGCGCCUGCAGACCUACAGCGGUCCUUGUUUUCACAUUUCCUGGAACUCCUGGGCCCAGGAAGUGAAUCAGUGAGGAAUGCUGAACUGAUGCAGCGACUCAGUUUGGUUCCCAAGCUGUUGUUUGUGCUCCAGGAUGACAGCGUGACAGAUGCUACAGCACACACCAUCGCUAGCGUGUUGUCUGUGCUACUAAGUAACACAAAUGACAAGAAGAACUUGCUGAGGUUUGGUCAAUACUUAGUCUCUACUUUACCAGCGCAUCCCUCGAACGAAAACGAAUUGAAACUGGAUUUGGGUUCAUCGUCUGAAGCUACUACUACUGAAGGGGAGGAGGGAGAGGAGAUUUUGUCACCGCGACGCAUCUGCUUACGAAAUGUGAUGCUUGAGCUGAUUCUGUGCUUGAUCUACGCUGAAGGAGGUGAACUGGAUCACAGUUUCGCUGACGCCGUUCAGGAGACUCUCGGAUUUGAUUGGCUCCUGCUCUUCAUUCAAGCCCAUCUCCAUAACACCACAGUAGUGCGUGCCACUCGCAUACUCGUCACCAUGCUCAGCAGCGUGCCAGCACUCAACAGAUUCCGAGAGGGACUGGGUAGUGGAAGCUGGUUAGAUGGUACUGACAUCAUGUUAAACAAGACAACUUAUGUCGUAGCAGGUUUCAAUGUAGGCUCUGUGGCUGAUAACAGACAGAAGUAUCAGAUCAACAGGGAGGUGUGUAAUAUCCCAGGAUUCUUAAUGCUGGAAAAGCUUCUGCCGAAACAUAUUGAUAUUCCUGAGAUUUAUCACCUGGUAAUUGCUCUUCUGCUUGGGCACCCUGUGUCUGAUGUGUAUUCAGGUGCGCAGUUUGACUGGGACAGUUUGUACUCUGUGUUCUGGUCAAGGUCAGCCUCAGGAGUCAAACUCCCCACCCCCAGUCCCCAGGAGCCUAGUUCGUACAACAUCUACUGCCCCGAAGCUGCGCAUGUGCUGCUGGCAAUGGCGCACAUUAUGGUCAACGAGCCGUGGCAAGAUACAGAGGAGAUUUCCUGGCUCAGAGAAUAUCCAGUGACGCUGAUACAGUUCCUAAGUUUCUUGUACCGAAACAUCUCCAGCUUCGCUACCGUGUGCACCUCACCAGAAUUCCUUGAGAAGCUUGUCGCUGUUUUGUUUCCCAAGAGAAGAAACUUGCUGAAACUUCAAGAGCUUGGAUCAGACAGUGAGAAUGAGGGGGAACCUGGAGCAGAAACUGAGACUGUCUUCUCGUCCCAGACCCUCCUGAUCUCUCACCCAGUGAGGAAAUGUGUGUUCGAGUUCCUCAGGGUGAUUAUGACUGAUUCCCUCACUUUAAACUCAUCUGCUAAGAGUCUGGGUGUCAUUGACACCAUUUUAGAGUGUUAUCCAGUCAAGUGUUCCCAGCCACAGCAAGCAGAAUUCCAAACAGAAGUCCUUUGUGUUCAGAUUGAGUAUUUUCUUGGAGGAAAUCUACUCACUAACCCAUCAGCAGGGUGUGGCAAUCAUGCCAAGAUUGUGGCAAAUGCUUUCUUUUUUGCUUCCAAAGUUGUUGAUAAGCUCUGGAUUGGCAAUUUCGUUCACGGGUACAAGACGGUUUUUAACUUCAUCACCAGCAUGAUUGAAGCAGUUAAAGGUCAGUCAGUAUCGAUGGAUAGUGCGUACCACUCUCUCAACAGAACUAUCUUAUACCAACUCUCCAGGCCGCUUGCUCGGCUCACAGACCAAACCAGUCUUCUGGAGUUUCUCCAUAUCCUGACUACGAACCACAAGCUGGUGUUUGCAUCUGUCAACAACGAGCCGAACUUUAUUGCUGGUCUGUGCCACUGGCUUCUUGUCAUGGGAACGCACAAAUCUUUGGCAGUGAGCGAGAACAACAGUCCUAGCCUGGGAAAAAAGUCGGAAGCCUUAGUCGGCAGCCUUGAUGUUGGUGAAGAGAUGACCGAAGUGGUCGGUGCAGAUCACGUGUCCGAACAAGAAGAGCUGUCAAGCUGUACCAGGCUUCUUGCUGCUGCGGCCGAGAGGGUCUGGGACAUAUUUGUUCAGAAUAAAAGAGAGGCUAUGGUAGCAGCUCUCAGUGUUGAAAUCCCAAAGCCAAGUUUCAAGUCCUACAGUAGCAGCAGAGAUUAUUAUGUAGAACACAUGCCAAUUGGAGGAACAACGAACUUAAAUCUGGAUCUAAAAUCUGUUAGGCCGCUGAUUGGUGAACAGGCUCUUAAAAUGUGGAUGACUUACAUCUCGCAGGAAGAAAAACUCAAAGCUGAGACUUUAGGACAAACGAAACCGAACGCUAAGGGACGAAGCGGACCCUCGCUUCGAAUGCUCAGCACGAAGAAAACCAGGAAGGAGAACAAAGAUCCGAAAACUUUACUAAGCGAAUCACACCUGUGGAGAAUGAAGCACACAAAAGUGGUGCGAGAUCUCGUCAGACUUCAUCACAAAAAUCACCUGCAGAAUUAUCAGCUGAUUUCUAAAUCAGUGGCGGAGGAAUGGGCCCUAAUGGAAACUGACCUGACGCGCGAGCGAGGCUUGUGGGGUCCGGCCAGCAGUUCACAGCUUGACAAGUGGGCGCUGGACAUGGUGGAAGGACCACAUCGAAUGAGGAAGAAAAUGCAUCGUAAUGACAAGUUUUAUCUGCAUUACCCAUAUGACAAGAAGGUGGCAAAGCAAGCCAGAGAGAGGUCUCUAAAACACCGAGCGCCCAUAAGUCGCGACAGCAAGAUUCAUUACAAACUGAGAGGACAUGUCAUAAGAGGGCUGGGACCAAUUGAAGCCCUCACACAGCAUCAAGUAGUUACUGAAAGAGACGAGAAAAGGGUCACCACUUUGCGGACGAUCUCGUCAGAACCGAGCCACAUCACAGAAGAAAAUGAAGGAAGCGAGGUGGACAACAAUCAAACAAUUGUCAAACUCCUCGAGGCCGGAGAAACGAUUACCUCCAUGUUCCGAUGUGCUACAAUCCAGGGCAUGGACACUGCAGAAGGACUGUUCCUAUUUGGAAAAGAACAUUUCUAUGUAGUAGACGGUGUGACUUUACUAUCCACUAAAGAGAUCAAGGAUAUUGACUCGCUACCACAAGGGACACACGAUCCCAUCAUUCCAAACUCCUCUCAUGACAAGCAUCGAUCGAGCACCAAAGAACGAAUGUGCAGCAAGUGGGCUUAUGGAGACAUCCGAGAGGUCCACAAAAGGCGUUAUCUUUUCCAGGAGACAGCUCUGGAAGUAUUUUCCAGUGACGGACGGAAUCAUUUUCUUGUUUUCCCCAAACCUGUGAGAAGUAAAGUUUACGAUAAACUCGUGGCCAAAGCAUCGACUCUCCGUGAGAACGCCGAGGAGUCGGUUGUGGGUAUGAAAAGAGACACAGAUGUAGAGGCCGGGCUGGGUCUCAUUCACACAUUAAUGGGUGAAAGAUCCGUCACUCAGAGAUGGGAGCGUGGUGAAAUAACCAACUUCCAGUACCUGAUGCACCUCAAUACCUUGGCCGGCCGCUCGUAUAAUGAUCUGAUGCAAUAUCCCGUCUUCCCUUGGGUGCUUGCUGAUUACGACUCAGAGGAGCUGGAUCUUAACAACCCCAAGACUUUCCGCGUCUUCUCCAAGCCAAUGGGAGCCCAGUCUAAGGAUAGACUGAUGCAGUUCCAGAAGAAGUACAGAGAGUGGGAAGAUCCUACGGGUGAGAUUCCGCCGUAUCAUUAUGGGACACACUACUCGUCGACUAUGAUAGUGGCGUCCUACCUUAUCAGACUUGAGCCGUUUACACAGCAUUUUCUCAGAGUUCAGGGAAAUUUUGACCUUCCUGACCGUUUGUUUCACUCGAUCAGAGACGCAUGGAUCUCCGCAGCGCAAACCAACAUGGCGGACGUCAAGGAGCUGAUUCCCGAGUUCUUCUAUCUCCCAGAAUUCCUCACAAACCACAACAAGUUCGAACUGGGAACCAAGCAAAACGGCGAAGUCCUAGGUGAUGUUUGUCUGCCAACAUGGGCCAAGGGUGACCCGCGGGAAUUUAUUCGACUUCAUAGAAAGGCUCUAGAGUGUGAUUACGUCAGUGCUCAUCUCCACGAGUGGAUUGAUUUGAUCUUUGGAUACAAACAGCAGGGUCCUGCCGCUGUUGAAGCCAACAAUGUGUUCUACUUCUAUUAUUACGAGAGCAAUGUUGAUUUCCAUCGCAUUGAUGAUCCAAUCAAGAGAAAAUCAAUCAUUAGUAUGAUCGACAACUUUGGACAAACUCCAAAACAGCUCUUCAAACGUCCCCACCCUCCCAAGAGAGUGUUUCGUAGCGUGGAGUCUGACUCCCAGACCGGUGCGUUGGUCAAUGUCGAUCGACUGUUUUUUCACAAUCUGCCUAACUUAGUGCCUUCAGCUCAGCCUGUCAAAGAGCUGAAAGGUCCUGUGGGACAGAUGAUUCAAACUGACAACCGGGGGCUUCUGGCUGUGGAGAAAAACAAAGUGUUGGUUCCGCCUCAUAACAACCGCUACAUCGCCUGGGGGUUUGGUGACUCGAGCAUGCGUACUGGGUUCUAUGAAACAGAGAGGAUCUUAGCCGUCUACGAGAACUUUCACAUAGGGCAAGUUCUAUGCGCGUCGUGCCCAGACUCCCACACUCUUAUCACUGGAGGAACAAGCACGCUUGUUUGUGUGUGGGACAUGAUGAAAGGAAGGGAGAGAAGACCGCAGAUUAUUUUACACGAGGUGUUAUACGGGCACCACGCGUCUGUCACGUGCCUAGCAGUAUCUACAGCCUACAAUCUUAUUAUCAGCGGUUCUGAGGAUCAGACAUGUAUUGUUUGGGACUUGAGCAAAUUGACUUACGUCCGACAGUUGUCUCAACACAUGGCACCAAUCACUGCCAUAGCUAUCAAUGAUCUAACGGGAGAUAUCGCGACUUGCGCCGGAACAUAUCUCUACGUUUGGUCUGUCAAUGGGCAGCUGAUUGUAAAAGAGAACACUUCAUUACAGAACACCAACCAUAUACAAUGCUGUGCCAUGUCCGAGCUUUCUGAAUGGGAUGAGGAAAAUGUUAUUCUCACGGGCUCUAUAGACGGUGUCGUACGGAUGUGGGGGAUCGAAUUCUACGACGAGGCGGCGAAAACCCGCCGAAGUAUGAAAUCAGUAUCUCCGAAAACUGACGAAACUCCGUCAAAGAACUCGGAACUAAAAGGUAAAGAUGCAGAGGACGCACCACAGGAGACUGGGACUGAGGAAUUAGUAACGGAAUCGUGUUCGGAUCUAGACUCCUCUCUAAAGCGCGAAAACGCGUCGGCCGAUCAGAUCCCGCAGCCCAACCAGUCAGUUGUUACCUCUGAACAAGCAGACCUUCGACCUGAAUUGGCAAAAGAGACUUUGGAGGAAAAACUCAGCGAUCACGUGAGGCCUACGGCAGCAGAGGACGUUGAGUUGACUGAAGUAGUGGAGAGAAGACGUCAUAUGACACCUAACCUGCGUGAUGAAAGUAUAGAAGAGGAGUACGUCAUAAUUACCCAUAAGAGAAACUGCGAGAGUAAAGACUUGCCUAAACCAGUGUGGAGAAGACGCCUGGUGCUCAGACAUAAGCUGACAAUGCACACAGCGUUUGCCAGAGAAGAUAAUUCAGCUCCAGCGGCCAUUACAUCUUUACUUGUGUCGAAGGAUCAUCGCAAGUUAUUUGUUGGAGAUUUCCGCGGACGGAUCUACAGUUGGUCUGUGACUGACGCCGCAGGUCGUAUGGCUGACCAUUGGGUGAAGGACGAAUUUGCUGACAUUUGCGCAGGUUGUGGAAUUAGAUUCAAGUUCAUUGAGAGGCGCCAUCACUGCAGGGAUUGUGGGAAGGUUUUCUGUGCAAGAUGCAGUAGUUACGAGUCAGAGAUCAGCCGUCUUGGGAUCCAUGCUCCCGUCCGCGUGUGUCACUCGUGCUACAAGAAACUGAAAAAAGCAUCCAAGAAGGCCAAGAGCUAACGUUCAAUUCUUGGUAAUUCCUACAUUCCAAAUUCAAUUCUGUAUCUGGACGUGCCUCUGAAUAAGAUUGCAGAUACAAACUCACCAAUCAUGGAAAAUACUAUUGAUGUGAUUACAAUUACAGUAAUCAGUAUCUGAGCAACUGCCCACCUACCCCUCCCUUAACCCAAAAUUAACCCCUACUUGUUAUCAGUUGACUGUUGUUGGGUUGAGGGAGGGGUUGGGUGUGUGCAGUUGCUCAGAUACUGACACUGAUCUGUCACAUCAUCAGAAGGAAGGCAAUGGAAGCAGAAGUAUUUUUAUCAUUUUUUUUCUUAUUUUUUUGUUAUUACCAUUGAGAAUAUAAUGGCAUGAACUAUCAUACUCCUUAUAUUUGACAUGAAGAGAACAUUUCUGUCACACAAGGUCAUUAGAAGGCAUGACAAGAAUUUUUGAAGAGACCACUACACAAAGAGAGCAAUACUUUUAGUCCUGUUUGGGUCAGAAUUGUUCUGUUCAACCCUUUAACUCCAUGAAGUGAUUAACAUGAAACUUCUCCCUAUAAUAUCCUUACAUUAUCCAGCAAACAGGUAAUGAGAAUUCUCAAACUUAUCAGGUAGAAUUUGUUAUCCUUAUCUAACACCAAAUUCUCAUAACUAAUUUACAAGGAAAGGUAUAACAGCUAGAAGGGGUUAAAAUCAAUAAUAACAACAACAACAACAAGGACACACCAAACUGGUGAACUUUACAACUCAAUCAUUUUUAAAGUAGAAGUAGAAUUUUAACAUUUAGCAACUAGGAACUUAUUUUUAAUAAUUUAGUCUUGAUCAUAGGAAACAUUUUAACAGAUACGUAUUGCUACUAAUAUACAGCUUAAACUGACACAACCCCCCCCCUUUU